CCCUCCCCACCCAUGGGCCCCGUCCCCGGCCAGAGGCCCGAUAGCACGGCCAAUAGCAACUGCACGGCCCCCGGCCUGGAGCGCGACGAGGAGCUGGCCAAAGCGGAGAUCGGGGUGCUGGCCACCAUCCUGGUGGUGGCCACGGCGGGCAAUGCGGCUGUCGUGGUGGCCCUGGGCCGGCCGGGCCUCAAGCGGUCACGCAUGCACGUGUUCGUCCUGCACCUGGCGGUGACCGACCUGGGGGUGGCUGUGUUCCAGGUGUUGCCGCAGCUGGCCUGGGAUGUCACCUUCCGCUUCCAGGGCCCGGACCUGCUCUGCAGGGCCGUCAAAUACCUGCAGGUGCUCAGCAUGUUCGCCUCCACCUACAUGCUCCUCGUCAUGACCCUGGACCGCUACCUGGCCAUCUGCCGCCCUCUGCGGACCCUCCGGCAGCCGGGCCGCUCGGCCUACCCGCUGAUCGCCGCCACCUGGACGCUGGCCGCCGGGCUGAGUCUGCCCCAGCUCUUCAUCUUCUCCCUGAGGGAGGUCAGCCGGGACUCCGGGGUCCUGGACUGCUGGGCCCACUUCCGCGUGCCGUGGGGGCCCCGGGCCUACGUCACCUGGACCACCCUGGCCAUCUUCGUCCUGCCCGUGGCCGUCCUGACCGCCUGCUACGGCCUCAUCUGCCACGAGAUCUGCAAGAACCUGAGGGGCAAGAGCCGGGUCUGGGGGCCCGGGGCCGCCACCGCCGAGCCAAGUGGGCCCUCGGCCAGGGUGAGCAGCGUCAGGGCCAUCUCCAGGGCCAAGAUCCGCACCGUCAAGAUGACCUUCGUCAUCGUGCUGGCCUACGUGGCCUGCUGGGCGCCCUUCUUCAGCGUCCAGAUGUGGUCCGUGUGGGAUGAGAACAUCCGCACCGAAGACUCGUCAGAUGUGGCUUUCACCAUCACCAUGCUGCUGGGGAGCCUGAGCAGCUGCUGCAAUCCCUGGAUCUAUAUGAGCUUCAGUAACCAUCUGCUGCCAGAAUCACUGCGCUGCUUCUCCUGCCUGGGGGCCGCCCGCCACCCCAUGAAGAGGCAGCUCUCCAACGGGAGCCUCUCCAGCCGCCGGACCGCCCUGCUGACCCGCAGCCGCCCCUCGAACCUCUGUCCCAGUGGGGGACCCCUGCCCGAGGGGAGCCUCAAGGAUUUUUGCCCCCCACAUGAAUACACUGUCACCGAGACUGGGGUCCUGUAGGGAAGGCUUGGGGCGGGGCUGGACAGCACUCACAGGGUCUGAAAACUGGGGAGGGGAGAGGGUGUGAGUCCCACAGCCCAGGUUCUUGAGGGAUGGUGGUGAUGGAGCCAUUUGAGAUACCUCUCUGAGGAUCGAGAAGCAGCAUGGCCUAAUGGAUAGUCAGUCAGUCAGUCAUAUUUAUUGAGCGCUGGAG